AUGGAGCCGUUUAUCUUUUAUGAAGAGUAUGCACUCGCUAUUUGUAAAACAUGUCAGUUUGCUGUGGUUAGUGACGAGUUAGCCACCCACCUACGGACACGCCACCGCCAUAUCCCACCGUCGACCCGUAGUAGCAUCGUCAAGGCCAUCUCUAGUAUAAUGGGCAUACGUACGAACCAGGCCAGUCUUGCGCAGCUGCAGUAUCCCGACCCAUCAAUAGCCCCCAUCGACCAUCUUGCCGACCUACGUACGGACGGUAUCCGAUAUCACCGAUACUCCUAUGUUUAUUGCCAAACUUAAAGGAUCCAGGAUCAUUGCCGAAGACAUCACGGGUGGGUGAACGAUUAGAAGAAGGGCGGUAAUAUAAGGGCGAGAUCUUAUUAGGAACGUAGUAUACCGUGGACGUCCGGUAUAUUAUACUAGCGGUUCUUUUAUUACGGGCUAGGAGCCAAUAGUUCGAGGUAGGGCGUGGCCAACCGCUAGACCAAGUGCCGGAGGCGGUCGCCGAGGAGGUAGCGUCACGGUCAAGGCGAGCUAUGACGAUCUUAUCCGUGCUACCAACGACAAGCUCGAGCCGAACCCGUGGCUCCAGCGGGUAGGAUGGGCAGAGCAUCUAAGUGGACUACGCAUCAGCC